CGCAAGCUCGAGCUGCCCCACACUUCAUUGCUUCCUUCUCUCACCGCCAACCAUUUUUCAUCCAAAAUUUCCCCCAAGUCCAAAUCUCUGCUUUGAGGUCAAAUAACCAUAAUUCAACCUCUUCCCUCCUUCAUAUUUCUUCUUGUUUGCCUCAAUCAUGCCGGGAACUAUCCGAGUUUCAGUUCUGGAGUUCAUCGACCUUCCUGAGCUAUUGUCUUCCCCAAUUUCGAUUAAAGUUUCCAUGGGUAAAACACAUUACGAAACUUCGGAUAAAGGAGAUUUCUCAUUUCCAUUGACAACGCUUCGAGAUGAUGUGAUUCUUAUAAUUCAGGAUGCUGGAGGGAAUGAGAUAUCACGUGCAGGUGUUCAGGUGAAAUCAAUAGUUGAAAAGGGUUACUGGGAUGAUCUUUUUCCUCUUGAAGGAGGAGGGCGUGUGCAUUUGCAGUUCCAGUUUGCUCUUAGUGAAGAUGAUCGCAGUCGAAUUCGAAUGAUGAAUGAAAGACAAGAGGAGCCCACUUGGGCGAGUUGCCUGCAUGGCUGGGUGCUGCCUGGACUGUGGGGUGCGUUACAGUCAUCCUUGACGGAGAUUGGGAUCCAGCGUCCUCGUUAG